AUGAUUUAAAUGAGAUGAUUGAAUAUAAAAGAAUAACUUCCAUUAGUUUAUUUCCUAACACGAAUUAUUUAGAUGAAGAGUAUGGAUUCGAACAACAACCACUUGGAAUUUUAGUAGUUCUUUUCUUAUUGGUAUAUAAAAAAGAUCGAAAGGGCUUAAAGGGUAACAUGGCUUUUUUAAAACUUGGAUUAAUUAUUUUUGAUUUUGUAAUAAUGCCCUUUUCGCCAGCAACAAUGGUAAGAUUGUUAGGGCAUUAUAUAUUCCAAGUGGCAUUAAUAUUUACAGUUUUAUCAGGUACUGAUAUUGGAGCAUUAAGUAUUCUCCAUUCAAAUAUGGCCGUGUUUGAAUUUCUCAAUGCUUCAUUUUCAACUAACGGAAAAAAUAGAAUCUUUCGGGCUUCUUGUUUAACCAUUUUUUUUGAAAACAUACCGCAAGUGAUCAUUCAGGUAUUAUACUUUAAAAAUGUGGUUUCAUAUGAUACAAUUCCUCUUUUUGCACUCAUCUCUUCAUGUCUUCACUUAUUAAUAAAUAUUGUUGGACAAACAAUAAAAAUUUGUCGAUAUGGAUCUUUGAAAGCACCAGCUGCAGAAAGAAAUUUCACUUCAGAUGAAUAA